CUCUAUCCUAUGCGCUUAUUGGGCAACUGUAGCUCCUCGUCCAGAUGCAGAUAUCUGAUAUCCUUCAAUCUAAAGCAAAGGCCCUGUUUCAGUGCAUUAUCCAGCCACAAUCUAACAGAUACUCCGGCAACCAUGAAUGCUGCUGCAAUCUGGUUCCCUUCUUCUACAUGAAAUGUCUCCGCUGUCAAGGCCCUCACUUUCUC